ACAUAUAAAUUAGUAAAAUAAGUAAACCAACCCCUCGGUUGCGCACCCCUGCAAGCAGAUGCACUCUACCAUAACUUGCGCUCUAGUCACAAGCUGUUAAGUAUAUUAUUGCAAAUAGAUACCAAUAUAAAAACCAACAUACUCACCCACCGUAUCAUUAUUGUGCUGACACCUCAAAUCAAGACAUCAACACUUCAACACAAUGUGUCUCAAAGUCGUGUUGUUUAGUGUGGUAAUGGCCGUCGGUCAUGCCGGUUACAUCGGAUUGGAUGCGACCUCGUCACAAACUGUAGUUCGGCACGACGAACUCGAGCAACACGGACACAUUGCACAUGCCGGACAUGCUUCACAUGCUGGUCAUAUCGGAGAUGUCGGUGCUCCCAUCUAUGAGCCUAGCUACGAAAAUGAAGCAAACUACGUAUACCAAGACCCAGGAUACAAAUCUGAUGAUUACUACCAUGGACAGAACGAGGCUUAUGAAGAUUACUCCGCUGGCGUCCAACUUCAUGGAGCAUACCAGCCUCUUGCUACAUACGCGUCCGGAUACAAUAACUACGCUCCUCCGAAGUACCACUUCACGUACUCCGUGUCGGACCCGCACACCGGCGACCACAAGUCGCAGUUCGAGGCGCGCGACGGCGACGUCGUGAAGGGCAUGUACUCACUGGUGGAGCCGGACGGCAACGUGCGCACCGUGCAUUACACCGCCGACGACGUCAAUGGAUUCAAUGCGGUGGUGGAGCGAACCGGCCCGACCGUUCACACGACGACUUAUCACUGAUCUCUUGUAUUUAAUUAUUUUUUUAUUGUAUCUACCAUCUAC